AUUUUUGUUAUUUGGUAGUUUAAAACUUAAAAUAAAUUGCACUAGAAACCUUUUAAAUCAAAUAAAUAUUUUUACAAUUUGUUUAUAUAAAGUAAAUUAUAUAAUUUUAGAAAACUAAAAACAACUAAAAUAAAAAUGAAUAAUAACACAUAUCAAUAGCUUCCUCCUCCACCUCCCAGUUAAAAUUAAGGUUAUUAACCUCCUAUGAUGGUAGCUCCAUAGCCUAUUUAAAUAGGGUUACCAAAAAAUGCAAGUUCUUCAACAGGUCCUACGACUAUUUAGUGUCCAUAAUGUAACUAAAUAGGAGUUACUGUUGUAUAGAGUAAAGUUGGUAGUGGUACACUUUGCUGCUCAUUAAUACUUUUAUUAACAACAUUUUGUUGCUGCAUUCCUUUUUUGAACCAGAAUUGUUAAGAUAAAGUUCACACUUGCUCAAAUUGCUAAGCUCAAGUAGGCAGACAUGAAUAUAAAAUUUGUUGA